AGGGUUUGGACGACGAAAGGAAAGAAAGCAUGUCGAGUUCGGGAGAUUUUUACCUGCGGUAUUAUGUUGGCCACAAAGGAAAGUUUGGCCACGAAUUCUUAGAAUUCGAAUUUAGGCCGACAGGAAAAUUGAGAUAUGCCAACAACUCCAAUUACAAAAAUGACACAAUGAUCAGAAAAGAGGCUUUUGUUCAUAAAUCUGUUAUGGAAGAACUGAAGCGGAUUAUUGAAGACUCUGAAGUGAUGCAAGAAGAUGACAGUUUGUGGCCCUCACCUGACAGAGUUGGCCGACAGGAACUGGAAAUUGUUAUCGGAGAUGAACACAUCUCUUUCACAACUUCAAAGAUCGGCUCGUUGGUUGAUGUUAACCAGAGCAAAGACCCAGAGGGACUGAGGACGUUUUAUUAUCUGGUACAGGACCUCAAAUGUCUCGUCUUCUCGCUGAUUGGACUCCAUUUUAAAAUCAAGCCAAUUUAAAGACUAUGGUCACGUCAAUAAUUUUGUGAAAAGAAGUAGUGUUUAUUGGAAGGACAUCUCCAUUGUUGCUUAAGGACACUUACUGUAGGUUAAGAUCAUGACAGUCACUGUUAUAACUGUGUACAAUAUCUGUUAUUUUCCAACACAUGCAAUUUGCUGCUAUUCUUCAUUUUGUUUUUCUCCAUCCAUCAUGCAUUGCCAUUCCAUGUGUUUUUUCUGAACUGCACAAAAAAGUUCAGAAUAAUUAACGUGGAUAAACAAGAAAAGUUCAUUCUUGGGGUACUCACGAUCUUUUAACGAACAUUCAUUUUGUUUUUAGCUGUGUAUUUGUGAAUCAUGAAUAAAAACUGUAAUAACCAUA